AUGAAUCUUUCUUGUAUAGAAACAGUAGAUGAGGUGGAAGAAUACCUUAGGGAUAUUUCAGAGGAAUGUUCGAAUAUUGAUCAGCGUAUGCAUGACUUGAGCCUUUGUUCUAAUGAUUUAGAUAUAUUAUUUGCUCAGUUGAAUAUUUUGAAAUUUGACCUUGAAAUAGUUCAUGUAGAUAUAAAAGAUUUUCUAGAGAUAUUAGGUGAAGUUGCAAUAAGGAUUCGUGAAAUUUCGAAAAAUAUACGAGAAAAGAAGAUACAACAGAUUCGGCUUGAAUCGUCUAUUAAAUAUAUUAAAGAUGUUAAAAUGCUUAAAGAAUGGAUACAGAAUCUUUACUAUGCAAUAGAUCAGUGCAAUUGGGAUGUAGCAGCUAAAUAUGUGUCUGAAAUUCGUGGAAUUGAAGCUCAAGUAAUAGAAGGAAAGUUUGCAGCAACAGUAAUACCUACAGAAAAUAUACCGAUGGAACCUAAAGUGGCAUUGCAAGAUGCAUGUGAUGCAUUAAAUACUAUUUGUUUGAAAGGAUUUCAUCAAGCAGCAGAAAUUAAAGACGAAAAAGCGAUGACACGCUUUUUUCGUCUUUUUCCUAUAAUUGGAAAAUCCAAAGAGGGUCUGAAUGUAUAUUCUGAGUUUAUUUCGAAUAUGGUUAUUCAGAACAAGCACAAAUUGAUGUCAGCAAUGGGUAUUUUAGACGAAAAAUCAAUUGAUACAAAAAUAUCUAUGAGUUAUGCGUUAAUUAUGCAAGAUAUGUUUGAAUAUGUUGCAAAUAUUAUGAACCACCAUCUACCAGUAAUUAAGAAACAUUAUAAUUGUGAAGAUACACUGUUUGUGAUAGAAAAAAUACACGAGAAAUGUAUUGAGCAAUGUAGUAUAAUAAUAGAUAGUUUUUGGGAGGAAAGACAAGUGGAGAAAAAGUUAUCUUUCAUUCAAAUGUAUUCAUUUGAGUUUUUAAUUAAAUCUUUUUCUUCUACUUUAUUUCAAGAACCUAAUUCAUCUUUGCUUUCUCAGGAAAAUAAAGCAAUUGAUAUUAAAAAUAUUGAUCUUUUGGUAGAAGAAAUUUCAAGUAUACUUAAUCAUUGGUCUUUAUAUCAUAGAUUUAUUUCAGUUAAGUGUAUGGAACAAAAGCAAAAUAAACUAGAAGAAAUCGCAAUUAAGCCAGAUAGUAUGAUUUUGGCUACACUUAAGAUGCCAUGUUAUACAAGGCUUUGUUCUAUUUAUGAGCGUAUGGAACUAUUUUUCAUGCGUCAUUCUGUAGAAAAAGCGUUUCAAUUGGAUGAGCAAGAUACUAUGUCAAAACCUCUUAUGUCAUCAUUUGUUGAUGACAUUAUGUAUAUUUUGAAAAAAAUAGUUCAAAGGGUUUUAAAUACGGGAAAUCUUGUUCUUCUACAAGAUGUAUUAACUGGGGUUAAAAGAAUUAUGGAAAUGGAUUAUACAGGAAUUAUUCAAAGGAGAAUAAUAGUAUUUCAGGGAAAAUUGAAUAAUCAGGCAUUCUCAAAAAAUCAAAAUUAUAAAAAUUUAAAGAUUGAUAAUGAUUUUAUUUCAUUUAUUAUUUUACUUAAUAAUUUAGAUAUAUCUCGGAAUUAUAUUGAAAGAAUUGUUUCUGAAAGCAUUAACAAAGAUGCAAUAAAGAAGAAAUUUCCAUUUGAAAGUGAUUUAAUAAUUAUAUUUCAACCGAUUCAGGCUUUACUUUUAUUACAAGAUCGACUUAAUGAGCUUUUAAAAGAUGGUUUAAAUACUCUGUUUUUAGUUUAUAUCAAAAUCCGAUUAAAAAAAAUAUUAACUGAUUAUUUUAAUAAAUCUACUUAUAUAAUCAAUAAUACUAUUUUUAAUGAUCUAGAAAAGAAACAGCCAAUUCAACUGCAUUUUUCCCAAGGUUGGAAUCUUAUUAUGACUAAUUUCAAACAUCAAUUAACCCAUGAAAAUAUGAAUUAUCUUGUAAAAAUGUCCUCAAAUCUUAUAGCAAACUGGUUGGAAAAAGCAAUUUUAAAUAUAAAAAUGAAUGAAUUGGGAGCUAUUCGUCUCGAUAAAGAUAUUUCUUUUAUUUCUUCACAUAUUAUAUCUUAUGGUUCAUAUCAAUCUCAUGAAUCGUUUGCAAAGGUUUAUGAAAUGAUUCGUAUAUUAAAUUGGGAUUUCGUCCAGGAUCCAUUAUCUUCCGAUUUAUUAGAAACAUUGCGAUUCUUAUCGAUUUAUGAUGUUGAAAUGCUAUUAAAACGUUGCAAAUCUCCAAUAUCCAAUUCAGCCACCCGUCCUCUUUUUGAUUCAUUGUGA